GCGCUCCCUCUGCAGUAGCUGUACUUAGCUGGUCCUAGGGCAGCCGAGAGGAGGGCUCAAGAGGGGUGCCGAGGUGAAAGAGUGGAAGACUUCUGAAAGAUCAACUAGAUUUCGGAAACCAGAAACACUCCUGGGGAGAACUGGGGGCUCUAGGCGCGCGACGAUUUCCUCGCACCAGCACGGAGCGCUCGCAGGGUUGGUUCCAUGGGCAGGAUUCCGAGCGGCGAUUCCCUCCGGCCCCCUGGGAUUUGCUACCUUCUUGGCUUCUUGUUCGCUGGACUGCUCUUACCACGGGCUGUCGCCUUCAAUCUGGAUGUGAUGGGCGCCCUGCGCAAGGAAGGCGAACCUGGCAGCCUCUUCGGCUUCUCGGUAGCCCUGCACCAACAAUUACAGCCCCGACCCCAGAGCUGGCUGCUGGUGGGUGCUCCCCAGGCCCUGGCUCUUCCCGGGCAGCAAGCAAACCGCACUGGAGGCCUCUUUGCUUGUCCCCUGAGCCUAGAGGAGACAGACUGCUACAGAGUGGACAUCGACCAGGGAGCUAAUGUGCACAAGGAAAGCAAGGAGAACCAGUGGCUGGGAGUCAGUGUUCGGAGCCAGGGGCCCGGGGGCAAGAUUGUCACCUGUGCGCACCGAUAUGAGUCUCGACAGAGGGUGGACCAGAUCCUGGAGACUCGGGAUGUGAUUGGCCGCUGCUUUGUGCUAAGCCAGGACCUGGCCAUCCAUGAUGAGUUGGAUGGCGGCGAGUGGAAGUUCUGUGAGGGGCGCCCCCAGGGCCAUGAACAGUUUGGGUUCUGCCAGCAGGGCACUGCUGCCACCUUCUCCCCCGACAGACACUACCUCGUCUUUGGGGCUCCAGGAACCUAUAACUGGAAGGGCACAGCCAGGGUGGAGCUCUGUGCGCAGGGCUCGCCGGACCCGGCAGACCUGGAUGAUGGGCCCUACGAGGCUGGGGGCGAGAAGGAGCAAGACCCCCGCCUCAUUCCGGUCCCUGCCAACAGCUACUUUGGGUUGCUUUUUGUGACCAACAUUGAUAGCUCAGACCCUGACCAGCUGGUGUAUAAAACUUUGGACCCUGCUGACCGGCUCACAGGACCAGCCGGAGACUUGACCUUGAAUAGCUAUUUAGGUUUCUCCAUCGACUCUGGGAAGGGUCUCUUGCGUGCAGAAGAGCUGAGUUUUGUGGCAGGGGCCCCUCGUGCCAACCACAAGGGGGCCGUGGUCAUUCUGCGCAAGGAUAGCGCCAGCCGCCUGAUACCUGAGGUUGUGUUGUCUGGGGAGCGCUUGACCUCUGGCUUUGGCUACUCACUGGCUGUGGCUGAUCUCAACAAUGACGGCUGGCCAGACCUGAUUGUGGGUGCCCCUUACUUCUUUGAGCGCCAAGAAGAGCUGGGAGGUGCUGUGUAUGUGUACAUGAACCAGGGUGGCCACUGGGCAGAUGUCCCUCCUCUCCGGAUCUGUGGCUCCCCUGACUCCAUGUUUGGAAUCAGCUUGGCUGUCUUGGGGGACCUCAACCAAGAUGGCUUCCCAGAUAUUGCCGUGGGAGCUCCCUUUGAUGGAGAUGGGAAAGUCUUUAUCUACCACGGAAGCAGCCUGGGGGUGGUUGUCAAACCUUCACAGGUGCUGGAGGGCGAGGCCGUGGGCAUCAAGAGCUUCGGUUACUCCCUGUCCGGUGGCCUGGAUGUGGAUGGAAACGACUACCCAGACCUGCUCGUGGGCUCGCUGGCUGAUACUGCUGCGCUGUUCAGGGCCAGACCUGUUCUUCACGUCUCCCAAGAGAUCUUCAUUGCUCCGAGAGCCAUCGACCUAGAGCAGCCCAACUGUGCUGGUGGACGCUUGGUCUGCGUGGACAUAAGGAUCUGUUUCAGCUACACUGCUGAGCCCAGAAGCUACAACCCUGCUGUGGCCCUGGAUUACAUGUUAGAUGGGGACACAGACCGGCGGCUCCGGGGCCAGGUUCCACGGGUGACUUUCCUGAGCCGAGGCCCAGAUGACCUCAAGCAUCAGUCCUCAGGCACUGUGUUGUUGAAGCACCAGCGUGACCGAGUCUGUGGAGACACCAUGUUCCAGCUGCAAGAAAAUGUCAAAGACAAGCUUCGGGCCAUUGUGGUGACCCUGCUGUAUAGUCUCCAAACCCCUCGGUUACGGCGACAAGCUCCUGGCCAGGGGCUCCCCCCUGUGGCUCCCAUCCUCAAUGCUCACCAGCCCAGCACCCAGAGGACAGAGAUCCACUUCCUGAAGCAAGGCUGUGGCGAAGAUAAGAUCUGUCAGAGCAACCUGCAGCUAGUGCAGGCCCGAUUCUGUUCCCGGACCAGCGACACCGAGUUCCAGCCUCUGCCCAUGGACGUGGAUGGAACAAGGGCCCUGUUUGCACUGAGUGGGCAGCCAUUCAUCGGCCUGGAGCUGACGGUCACCAAUCUGCCCUCGGAUCCGGCCCAGCCUCAGGCAGAUGGCGAUGAUGCCCACGAAGCCCAGCUCCUGGUCACCCUACCAGCCUCGUUACAUUACUCAGGUGUCCGGGCCCUGGACACUGUGGAGAAGCCGCUCUGCCUGUCCAAUGAGAAUGCCUCUCAUGUUGAGUGUGAGCUGGGGAACCCUAUGAAGAGAGGUGCCCAGGUCACUUUCUACCUCAUCCUCAGCACCUCUGGAAUCACUAUUGAGACCACAGAGCUGGAGGUGGAGUUGCUGUUGGCCACGAUCAGUGAGCAGGAGCUGCACCCGGUCUCUGUUCGAGCUCAUGUCUUCAUUGAGUUGCCGCUGUCCAUUUCGGGGGUGGCCACUCCCCAGCAACUCUUCUUCUCUGGCGAGGUGAAGGGUGAGAGUGCCAUGCGAUCAGAGAGGGAUGUGGGCAGCAAGGUCAAGUACGAGGUCACGGUCUCCAAUCAAGGCCAGUCGCUCAACACUCUGGGCUCUGCCUUCCUCAACAUCAUGUGGCCCCACGAGAUUGCCAACGGGAAGUGGCUGCUGUACCCCAUGCGGGUGGAGCUGGAGGGUGGACAGGGGCCCGGGAAGAAAGGGAUCUGCUCUCCAAGACCCAACAUCCUCCGCCUGGAUGUGGACAGCAGGGAUAGGAGGCGGCGAGAGCUGGAGCAGCCGGAGCCGCAGGAGCCUCCAGAGAAGCUGGAGCCCAGCACGUCCUGGUGGCCAGUGUCCUCUGCUGAGAGAAAGAGAAACAUCACCCUGGACUGCGCCCAGGGCACGGCUAAUUGUGUGGUGUUCAGCUGCCCACUCUACAGCUUUGAUCGCGCGGCAGUGCUACAUGUCUGGGGUCGCCUCUGGAACAGCACCUUUCUGGAGGAGUACAUGGCCGUGAAGUCCCUGGAAGUGAUCGUCCGUGCCAACAUCACAGUGAAGUCCUCUAUCAAGAACUUGUUGCUCAGAGAUGCAUCCACAAUGAUCCCAGUGAUGGUGUACUUGGACCCUAUGGCUGUAGUGGCAGAAGGAAUCCCCUGGUGGGUCAUCCUCCUGGCAGUACUGGCUGGGCUGCUGGUGCUGGCCCUGCUGGUGCUGCUGUUGUGGAAGCUGGGAUUCUUCAAGCGCGCAAAGCACCCCGAGGCCGCUGUGCCCCAGUACCACGCAGUGAAGAUCCUCCGGGAAGACCGACAACAGUUCAAGGAGGAGAAGACGGGCACCAUCCAGAGGAGUAACUGGGGCAACUCCCAGUGGGAGAGCUCUGAUGCGCACCCCAUCCUGGAUGCCGAUUGGCACCCCGAUCUGGGUCCCGAUGGAACUCCCGUGCCAGUCACUGCCUAGCUUCCCUUGUUCCAGGCCUGCCUGCGGGUCCCUUUCAUUCUUCCCCAAGAUGGCUCCUGGGGAUGGGGAUAGUGGAGUAGGUUGGUGGCUUCACGUUGAGAUACAGGCAGGCUCUACUUCCUCAGGGGCACAGACCUCUCCCACCAUGAGAACCACCCCUCCGACUUCCCCUUAGAAUGCUGUGAGACGAGGGGGCCAUAUCAGGGGUGAGCUGCGGGGCACGGCUGGAAGGUGCAGGAUGGGGAGUAGGGGUCCUGGUCUCCCUCUCUCACCCGCCCUGUGUAGCACGCCUCCCCAAAGUGCCUUAGACAGAGGGUCAGGGAGGAGGUCGUGUCACUGUCUCAGGGGCUCUUCCCUCCAUAGCCUGCCCUGUCCUCCGACCUUAGCUGUACCAGCCUAGUG